CGGCCCGGCCCAGGCCGCAUUUCUCAGCUGUAGGAGGCGGGAGAGGGUAAAGGCCGUGUCGUGACGGCUGGGUUCCUGGCUGUUUCGCCAAGUCCCGGCUGUGCAGCUCCCGGGAAGCAUUUUAAAGAUGGGGAAGAAAGGGAUAAAAAUAUCCCUGUUAUGUAAAACAGGCAGUUACAAAAUCGGCCCAGGAGACGAGACAUUCCCAUGCACUUACUUUUAAUGCCAGACAGCGGGCACGGAUAUUUAACAGCCAGUGCAGCUCGGGGAACUUGACAGUGCACGUGGCUGUGUAAACUACAGACUUCAUGCCAGCUUAUCGGCUCAUCUGAAAGGAAUGCGACAAGGAAAGAUUAGUGAUAAGUAAACUGGGUAUUUAAAGUGUUGCCAGUUUUAAUCUACCAUUCUACUAGCAGCCGAGGAAAAGAAAAUGACUUCUGCUGAGACGCUACCAACGAGUACCAACAAUGAGAAAAUCAAAUCUGUUCAACUGCCUUCCUGUGCAAAUCCUGGCAAUCCUGUGUUUUCCUGUAUGUUGGACCCAAAGACACUCACUACCAAUAAUUUCUUGACAAACCCUCAGCUUUUACUGUUUAAAACAACUUCGAGUGAAUAUGGUGCUAUACCACCUACGUCUCAAAUGGUACCAUGUACCUACCAUCCAAAGGAUGAAUCAUUUACAAAACAUUUGUUAAUUUGUGGUUUGACUCAACAUAAUUAUAUAAACACUGCCAUUGACAGAAGUAGGGUAUAUGACUACCCAGAUAUGCAGCAUACUCUGUAAAAUUGUACUAUCUUACUUUUCUGACAUAUUUACUGAAAGUACUAGUCAUUUUACUUUUGGGGAAACAAAACGCAGGCUUGUUAUUUUUGUUGUCCAUUUUGGGAGUAAAGUGUCAAUACAUAUUACAGUAAAACACUUUUUUACUACAAGGAUCAAACAGGAUUUUAAGUGAAUAUUUCUUAAUACGUUUCUGUGCAUCAACCCAUACAGGAAUAAAGUAUAUCUCUUGAAAUGAA